UGAAACGACAUCUGGAAACAAGCAAGAGAAGACGUGCGCGCGAGUGUGUGUUUGAUAAAUAUUAUUUGUGAUUGUAUGUGUGCGUGUGAAUGUUUGAAUAGAAAUUUUUACAACAAUUUGAAAUUAGAUUCUUUAAGCAAAAAAGUUUCAAUAUCACAAUAUAUAGAGUCAGCUACAAUGUCCAGCUAAAGGAAUAUUACAGUUGCCCCAAAGCCCCACUUUGAAACUGGUGUAUGGGAAAAAUCGAUCCACCAAAUAAGAAAGAAGAAAAAGAGAAAAUGUUGGCUUAACAAUUUCGAAAAGAAACUCUUACAACACCAACAAAUUUGUGAUAAAAAUUUCAAGUACAAAUUAGUUAACGUAGCGCUUAAAUGACAACUAACAAAGUUUUAUAACAAAAACUUUCAACGCUGAAGAGAAAAAGAAAGAAAAAACAACAACAAUUUACACACUUAUUUUCAAGUGCAAUAAGCAAAAGAAUAAUCCAAAAAAACAAACAAAUUCGUCUCAACAUUCCUGCGCAACAGAAAACAACAAAAUGGCUGUAAAAAUGUACUAGGCCAGCCCUCACAAUGUCUGUCCCUGUACGCCACUCUGCUGCCGCCGAAUACGCCGCCGCCGUUGAACAGCAACAUCAACUGCAUCUGCAACUGCAAGAAGAGCAAGAACAGUACCACCAAUAUCACCACCGCCGCCAGUAUCAGCAACAGCAACAACAGGAGGAGGAACAAGUGGUGGAUCUAUAUUAUUGCCAACAGCAGCAGCAGCAGGAGCAGAUCAACGAGCAGGUGUUGAGGCAGCAGCAGCAGUUGAUGCAGCAGAGGUCAUCGAUGUCGUCGUCGUUGGUUAUGCCAGGUCUUGCCCACACCACCACCAUCUCCCACAACAACAAUAACAACAACAACAACCAGAACAACAGCAUCAACAAUCCAACUAUGGAUAACAUUAGCAUCAAUGCCAUCCUGGUUGAUGAUGAGCAACCCUCAACAUCAGCUCAGGCAGCGGCAGUGGCGGCUGCAGCAGCAGCUGCUUUAGCUAAUGCUGGUGCAAUUGGUGGUGGUGCAGUGGGUGGCAAUGACAAUGGCAUGAUGGACCACAAUGAGGCAGAGAUGCCAACUGAUUGGAUGAGGAUUGCGGAAGAGGGCCGGUAUGGGACACCGGGUGCUGCUGGCUUGGAAUAUCAGAAGUACGAACAACAACAACAACAGCAACAUGUGGAAUCCAAUGAGGCGGGAGUUAGUGGUGCUGGAGCCUCCAACAACAAUGAACCAGCUUCAGCUAUCAAAAAAAUGGAGGAUCAAUUGCACGCCCUCACCUCAGAUGAGCUCUAUGAGACGGUUAAGGAGUAUGAUGCAUUGCAGGAUAAAUACCAUACGGUUCUCCUACUACCCAAGGAAUCGAGGCGCGAAGUGACUGCUGGCGGACGAGAUGGCUCGGCCUAUGUUUUACGCUGCCUCAAAAUGUGGUAUGAAUUGCCCUCCGAUGUUCUAUUCUCAGCCAUGAGUUUGGUGGAUCGUUUCCUGGAUCGUAUGGCCGUAAAACCGAAGCAUAUGGCCUGCAUGAGUGUCGCCUCAUUCCAUUUGGCCAUCAAACAAUUGGAUUUGAAGCCCAUACCAGCCGAGGAUUUGGUUACAAUUUCUCAAUGUGGCUGCACCGCUGGCGAUUUGGAACGUAUGGCCGGGGUCAUUGCCAACAAAUUGGGCGUUCAAAUGGGUCAUGCUCCCAUCACAUCUGUCAGCUACCUGCGUAUCUAUUAUGCUCUCUUUCGCAAUUUGGCCAAGGAGAUUGGCGGCGAUUUCUUUAAGUUCUAUCAGCAAUUGAUUAAGCUGGAGGAACUGGAGAAUCGUCUCGAGAUCCUAUUGUGCGAUGUAAAGACAACAGUGAUAACACCAUCGACUUUGGCCUUGGUGCUCAUUUGCCUGCAUUUGGAUUUCCAUAUCAAGGAGUCGUACACGCGCGGCAGUCCCGAACUGAAGCAUGUCUUUGAAUAUAUUCUUUUCCUGCAGCAAUUUAUGAGGAUUCCCGAUCGCGUUUUCACCUGCGGUUUCAGCAUUGUCUCGGGCAUUCUAUCCCAUUAUAAUGGCCAGAAUAAGGCGCCCUAUAAGCAACGGCUUGUCUGGAAGUUAUCCAGUCGCACGCUGCGUGUGUUGCGCCCUAUCAAUCGUUUCUCCUCGGAUCUGCCCACCAUUGAGGAAGGCAUCUCGAAUGCCAUCGAUGAGGGACUACGUUCGAGAACCGAGAGUAUUAGCUCUGAGGAGGAAGAGGAUUGGCCAACUUCACCCAUAAUUCCAAUUUUCGAACAAUGUUAGUAAAGAACUGCUGCAGCAAUUAACAGCAAAGGAGCAACAGCAGCAGCAGCAGCAGCAGCAUCAUCAACAGCGGCAUCACUAGACCAGAUUAGAUCAGAUGACCAACAGUUGGCCGCUCACACACCCACACACACCACGCGAUUCGCAGCAAAAGGAAGGCGAUUAAACAUAUCUCCCCCCCUAAAAUCCAAUCACAUCUACAUCCUUUUGCCCUUUUGGAAUGUGUAUGUGUAGGUGUGUGCUUAGAUAUUUUGCUAAAAUGCAUCAUAAUUUAUCAGGUUUUUAGCAUUAUGUGCUGGUUCUAACAUUUAAGAAACUUUCGGAGGAGGCGUUGAAGUAGAAGAAAUGCUAAGGCAAUUUUUUUUCGAUUUAUUUGCGGCAGACAAAAAAUACGUGAGAAAAAAAAACUACGAAAGAAAAAAAUUCUUUAAAAAAAACCCAAAAAAAAAACAAAAAUUUAAUGCUGCGGACCAUCAUAUAAAAGAUUGAUGUUGUUCCGGAACAUUAUAUCACAGAUCGAAGAGUUGAGAGGAAACCAGAGAAAAGGAAAACAACAAUGAAAAACAACUGGAAAAAACAGCAAUUUUUUGUUGUUGGUUACGCUCGAAAAACAAACAAAAAAAGUUAAAAAAAAAACAAAAACAAAAACUGAAAAGAAAAAUUUACAUUAGUUUAAAUCAAAAAGAAAAAAAAAUUUAUGUUCUCCAUGUUUGUGCCGCCUCUAAUAAUUUUCUGUAUUUAAAAACGAAACAAUGGACCCACAACAACAACAACAACAACACAUGAAAGUAUAUUUAAAACAAAAAAAAAAAAAAGUACAAAAAAUUAAACGUAAAUCUAAGCUUAAAAAAACAAAACUUCUGAUCAGAAUACCAUUAACUUUUAGCCGCGCUUCAAAUAAGAAGAAACAACAACAACAACUUCAUAAUUCUCCUAAUUACUAAGAAUUAACUUAACAAUCUUAACAACAACCAAUAUAUAGUAAACAAAAAAAAAUAUGUGUCUAGUAGAUUUUUGCUCUGUAUAAUGAAAACAAAAAGUAACAAAAACUUAUACAAUAUACGAAAAACAAUCAAAAACAAAAAACAAAUUUAAAUGCCGCCCCAAAAAAACAAAAAAAAGAAAACAAAACCAAAAUAAUAUAAUCUAACAAUUUAUCAAUUAUCAUUUGUUAUCAUUAUUAUGUAGAUGUAAACGAAAAAUCGAAAGCCUCCCCCCUUUUUUCACUACCGAUAUAGAAAUCAAAGUGAUUCAUUUCUUUUAUAUAUUAUUAUAUUUCUUUUUUGUUAAAUAAUCUUUAUUAAAUUAUUAAAAAAAAAAACCUGUAUAAAAAACACAAAGUCAAUUCGAUUUAAUUCGAAAUUCGAAAAAAGUUUGAUUCAUAUUUAAUUUUUAAUUACACCUAAAUUAAAGUCUAAUAAGUUUAUUCGCUAAAUAACCAGCAAAAACCACUUAAAAACAAAAGCCAAAUUCUGUAGCGCGGCAAAAUCUGUUUCAUACAUUUUUUUGUUCAACAUUAUGAUGCAUCAUUUAGCAAGAUAAACGCAGGCCAGAAAAAAAGAAAAUAACAAUUAGGAAACGGAGAACAUAAAUGCAAAAACUACCGCAAAUCAAUACAACAAAUGCAAAAAGAAAAAACAAUUUUUGAAACUUUCUGUAAAGGUGAAAAAGCAAAAUGCAAAAAAACAAAAAAAUCACAUUUCAAUUUAUUUACAAAAAGUAUGUGCAAAGUGACCCCACAAAAAAGAAAAAAAAAAAAAAGACAAGAAAUUUCUUUCAAGUCUUUUUUUUUGAUGGGGUUAGUUUUAUUUCUUGUCUGUAAAUUUAAAUAAAAAUGUCCCAUAUCCUUCCCACACACACGGGUAUGACAUUGUAAUGCCUUGUGGUGUGCAAGUGGAUAUAGAAUUUUCAUGAAUAUUUACAACAAAA